UGCAGUACUGUGUUAAACAAAUGAAUUGUCCACAUUUCAUUAUACCUGAAAACAACUUGAUGGCUGGGAAAAUUUCUUAUCCAGCCCAGCAACAGCUUCUUGCAAUCCUGGAACCCAUCAUAAAAUGUGAAGUUUGGGCAUUAAUGGAUAUUCCUAUUGAUGACCUUGGCAAGAGACUUCAGGAAAAGAUGACCAUGUUACCCAUGUAUCCACCUGGUUUUUAUUAUAACCCCACAGCUGAUGUGUCUUCUAAGGCUGUAGGAAUUUUAAUGUAUGAUUUUUUCUUUAAUGUUUAUUCAAGAUUAUAUUCCAAAAUAAUCAGACCUGUUAGAAAUGAAAUAGUGCCUUUUCUGCUUUUCAACACAAUUUCCAUUUUGGUUAAAAUAUACAGGGCAGUAGAAUCUGAUACACUACAGAAAUCAGUGUGCAGACUUUUAGCUCCGCAUUUUUGCUCCUUCCUUGGAUCUGUGAUGGCAUCUACAGACAUUGAUGCUUGCAAUUCCAUAUCCCACAUGGCACUUGCUUGGUUUUCAGCAGGAUUGAACUCCGAUGUGUCAUCUAGCCGGCUGAAAUUUGCAUCUGCAUUAUACUGUGCAGGAGACAUGAAAAGGACAGAGAAUGUUCUUGGUCAUGUUGAAGAAAAGUAUGACUUAGAUGUUGUUGCACCUGUGUGUGGGUGCAGUGCCUGUUAUCAUAGUCUUGGAGUAGUGACCAUAAAACCAGGAUUUUUCAGUAAAUGUGAUACAGGCAAUGAAGAACUUAUGAAAGAUAUUGUAGCUUUUUGUGUUAAGUUCUCGCGGUGUGAAAUCAACUGUGUCCCACAAGAAUUACAAUACGAACUGUUUAGAUCUCCACAACAAGAAUUGCUAGUGAGGGAUGAAGAUGAUGGCUGGAUGGACUGGGCUGUGGUAGAUUCACUUCCUUACCUUUACUUCCUACAGUACAAGACUUACAGACACCUUCAGAGAGGAGCAGAUCAACAGCGGGCCCUUUUACACCUUGCCACUACUAUCGAUACUUAUCCAAACCUCAGACACAGAGAAACAGCGCUGAAUUUAUUGGGACAAUGUUUGGAACAGGAGAACAGAUACGACGCUGCUUUUUGCUGCUAUAUAAAGUCUCGCAAUAUACGUACAAGAAACAAUGCUGCAAACAUUCAUAUAUGUAAGCUACUGAGUACAAUUUCUCUCAGGAGAAGGGUACCAUAAUAAAAUGGAUGAUAUGUGGAUAAAAAAAGCAUGUUAGUGCAACAACAGACAGAUGAACUGGGAAAUGUUAAGCUUGUUGAUUAACUACCUUCAGUUUUGCUAAUACAGUUAAUACAGAUAUAUUUACUGUUACAUUAUUACAAACAGUAUUUUAACCCUUCAUUGAAAGAUACAUUUAUGAGCCGCGCC